AUGCCGACUGCAAUUGGCGCUCUAAGCCCGUCGGUGCAGCGGUGCGCAGAUUCGCACCGGUGCAUCCGCUCCCGGGGGGGUGGGCGUAGGCGUCCACGCGAUACGUCACGUGGCCACCGCGCCCAAGCCCGCGCCUUUUCAAAACUAACUUUCUCGAAAUGUUCGAAAACUGUUUGCGGGGCCUCGGGAAAAAUUCUGACGGUCAUUGGGGGCAGCGGAAAAGUCAGGCGGCGUUGCGGGGCGCACCUAUCGUGGUCGCUCGUAGUUUGGCGUCACAGUUGGCGGUGCGUUUAUAGUUCGCGGCGAUCGCGGCGGCUCGGCGCGCCGUCUGCGUCCGCGGACGCGCUUUUUGAAACUGAGCGCGCGGGCUCUCGUGAGCGGCGGAGUGCCGUUGGGGUUUGUUGCGCGGCGUGUGCGGUGCCGCACAGGCGCGCCGUUCGCCGGCGAUCGAUGCGGGCAACGACCUUGCGCUGUACCCGCGCCAUCGGGCGUCCUCACGGUUUUCGGCAGGACCGCCUGAGGGCCAAGGGUCCUCUUUUGGGACGUGAAGCCGGCGGCGCGCAGCGAGUGUCGCCGCAGCGGCCGCGCCGCGCGCCCAUCCUGCGCAGUCUCGCGCCCGCCCUUUCAAACUCCCCAACGGCCGGCGGCGCGCGCACUCUUGUGCCGGCUGCGAUUGCUUCCGGUUCGCAAAGUUUGUUCGUCGAACUAUGU